GCCGCCGCCUGCGCAUGCGCACCGCCGAGCGGCGUGCCGGCGUGGUGCCGCCAUGUCGCCGCGCAAUGGCCGCCGCACCGGCGCCCACCGGGCGCACUCGCUGGCCCGGCAGUGGAAGACGAAGCGGCGCCGCCGCGAUCUGGAUGAGAUCCACGGGGACCUGAAGCCCGAGAACGCCGCUCGGCUGCUGCGGCAGGAGCCCGACCCCGACUUGCCGGGCUGCGCCCAGUUCUACUGCCUGCACUGCGCGCGCUACUUUGUGGAUCUGACCAGCAUGAAGGAGCACUUCAGGUCCAAGGUGCACAAGAAGAGGCUGAAGCAGCUGCGAGAGGCACCGUACACGCAGGAGGAGGCAGAGCGCGCCGCCGGGAUGGGCUCCUACAUCCCCCCGAAGAAGGUGGAAGUGCAGACGCAGCCACUCGAGGAAGUCGUUGAGAUGGAGGCGUCCAGCUGAGCGUGGACUGAGGGGCCGGGCGGCUCCGUAAGGGCGUCUUUGUUCUCAGCUUUGUGAGAAAAACAUGCCCCAGCGCAGCCGGCCAGCAGGCAAACGCACCGCUCCUGCCAGCAGCCCUCCUCGCCGGAGCACUAAUGAGGAGAAGGAGCCAGCGAGACCCUGGGUGCCCUCACUGCGUGUCCCCCUUCUCGAGGAAGGGGCAAGCCGCUUGUUCCCUAAGCGCUGGCGUGACUGUACACUCGUCUCUGCUUUUAGAGUGGUUUUAGGCCUCUCUGCUUCGGUCAGAGGUUGACCCCGGUGACUCAUCCAUUAAAAUAUGUCAACCAACA